UUGAAACCAACGAAGAAGAGGUUGGACCGGUCCCAUUCGAUGCUCGCAAGUUCGAGACAAUCAUGGCGGAAACAAAAGAGGAGGCACCGCUAAUAGGGGAAUAUUUGCCAAAGGAAAGAAAAACGUUCACCCCCGAGGAAGAGGCCAGGCUCGAAAGGCAACAUUUUUGGAGAAUAAUCGACGCCUUUAGAUUUUACAGGGGGCAUGUGCAAGAGCAUGUAAAUCGAGCAGAGCGGCACUUUCUGAGUCUGCCUGAGCGCCACCAGAAUUUACUGCCUUCUGUACUUCCACACCUGGCCCGGAUCCGUCAGUGCGCAGACCACAACCACGAAGUCCUGCAGGCCAUUGUCGAGCACAGCAUUCACAUGUUUGAGAACAUUGAGUACGGGGAGAGGGAGGAUUCGAGGAAAGUGCGCUCCUCCUCAACGUUUGACAUGGACAAGCUCAAGUCCACCAUUAAGCAGUUUGUCAGAGACUGGAGCGAGGCGGGUCAGUGUGAGCGAGAGUCCUGCUAUGAGCCCAUCAUCCGGGAGAUCCAAAGGCACUUCCCAAGUGACCAAUAUGAUGUGUCUAAGGUCAGCGUGCUGGUCCCGGGGGCCGGACUUGGUCGUCUCGCUUGGGAAAUUGCUCGUCUUGGUUAUAUUUGCCAGGGCAACGAAUGGAGCUUCUUCAUGCUUUUCUCUUCAAACUUUGUUCUUAAUAGGUGUGAAAAGGUGAAUUGUCUGACGCUGUACCCCUGGAUUCACCAGUUUAGCAAUAAUAAGAAGUCUUCCGAUCAGACGCGGUCGAUCCAAUUUCCUGAUGUCAAUCCUCAGAGUUUACCGCAAGAUUCCGACUUCUCCAUGGUAGCAGGAGAUUUCCUCGAAGUCUACUCUGAUGCAGAUUCCUGGGACUGCGUGGCUACUUGCUUCUUUAUCGACACGGCUCAUAACAUCAUACAAUAUGUUGAGACCAUCUGGAAGAUUCUUAAGCCUGGAGGAAUUUGGAUCAAUCUGGGUCCGCUGUUGUACCAUUUUGAGAACAUGGCCAAUGAGCUCUCAGUUGAACUCAGCUACGAAGACAUCAGGGCGGCAAUGGUGAAAUUAGGCUUCCACAUAGUGGUGGAGAACGAGUCGCUACAUACCACCUACACAGAGAACGAGCGUUCGAUGUUGAGAUACAUUUACGACUGCGUCCUCUUUGUGGCACGGAAACCUCACAAUUUGCACUCUAACUGUCGAAAAGAGGAGGACCAACAGAGUUCGCCGCCCGCUGCCAAAUCGCCACGACAAGAUGACUCAGAGUGUUUUGUCCAAGUCGACUUGGAUCGCCUCCAGUUCCCCCGUGGCCCCAACCAGGGUAGGGGCCAUAGAAAAUGGAUGGAUGGAUAUUUGCUACAUUUCAAAUGCAACAGAACAAUGGUGCCCCUCUUUGCACGGAUCGUCCAUGAAAAUGUCGUCAAAGCUUGCUGCAGUUUUGCCAGAAUGUUUUUUUUUGUCUAUUUUGUACUUAAAUAAAGAAAAAAAAAAACG